AUGGGAAACAUCCGCUCACUUUUAUUAUCCGAUUUGUGCAUGGAUGAAUAUGAUAAAAACAACCUGAAGAAAGUUAAUAAUAAACUAUUUCGCUACGUCGAUGAUUUACCUAUUGUUACAAAGAUGUACGAAGAUGAACUUAAAUCAUACGUAGAUGAACAAAAUUCAUUAAAAGGAACAAUAAAAUUUACACAUGAGUUUGAAGAAAACAAUCAGCUAAACUAUCUGAAUACAACGCUGACAUGGAACACUACUGAAAAAAGAAUUGAUAUAAAAUGGUAUCGGAAAGAUACUGGAAGCAACCGUUUAUUACAUUAUGAAUCUGGUCAUCACAAAUCUGUAAAAAUAAAUAUCAUCAAAAAUAUGACUAACAGAAUAAUUGAUACAACCAGAAACAAUAUACAACAAAAAGACGAUUUAAAUAAACUAAGUGGGAUAUUAAUUAAAUCAAAAUAUCGAAAAUACUUCAUUGAUGAUACAAUUAUGACAUGCCUAAAACAAGUAAAUAACAAUAUAAUACCAACUACUAACACAAUUCAAACUUUCAAAAAUAGUAAAAAUGAUAUGGAAUACAUUUUAUCACUACCUUACGUCAAUGGAAUGAAAGUAUUAAAACGAAAAUUUGAAAAGCUGAACAACAAGUUAGAUUUUAGUUAUCCCAAAAAACUGAAUUCUUUAGUUACAUCAACCAUUAAACCACCAUCAAAAGCAGUAGUAUAUCAAAUUGAAUGUGAAUGUGGUUCAAUAUAUAAUGGAGAAACUAAAGUGGGUUUAACAAAUAGAUCCAAACAACAUGAUAGCAUAAUAGAAAAAGAUGAUGAAAACUCUAGUUCAGAGAUGGUACAACAUCACCGUCAAAAUCUUUCGCAAUGCAUGCUUAAUCCAAAUUUAUCAUUUAUGAUAGACAGUGAUGCCGAUUACAGAAAAAGACGAAUAAAAGAAGUCAUUUAUUCAGUAAUCAAUAACUCAAUUAACAAACACGAUAAUAUUGAUAAUACAUGGAACAACAUCCUACACAAAGAAAGCAUAAAAAUCAGACAACAUAUUAAGUUUAAAAAGAAGAUCAAUACUUUAAAGCAAACGGAAUGA